CGCCAUCAUCCGAAAAGUCAGUGUUUUUUUUUCUCUCUGUACGGAGGUAGGCAAAAAGUAAUAAUAAUUUUUGACGUCGAUUCUGGUACGGUCGCAGGAAGGUAUCGGAAGCGAGCAGAGCAGAGUGCAUUUUAAACAGACGACGGGUGCGCCGUGUGUGAAUAGGAAGCUGCUGAUGUGAAACGGAGAGUGCUCGACGAAAAAUAAUAGUCAAUAUUCAGGUUUGAGCAAAUUAAUAUUUUUCCUUGAUGGUGGAUUCGGCAGACGAAUUUCACGGAUAGAAGGAAAAUUCGUGCUACUAAGCGAUUUGCAGCUCCGAGGCCCCCCAAGUUUCAAGAGUGUGGACAACAAAGUGCUGAAUGAUUUGCGUCGCUCACAAAAAAUAGAGAAAAAUCGAGUUCAAUUCGGGAGGUUUAAUCGAUUUUCCGCAGCUGAGGAGUGACCUCAGGAAAUCCGGAAAAGGAUUUUUGCAGUACCAUCCCGAAUCAGGAGUCAUCGCCAGUUCAAGGGGCUCUUUUCAGCUACUUAGAGGGAUGAGUAAGGUUUAUUGAUUUGCAGUGCGAAGAAGGAAAAAAGUGUAAUAUUUUGCUUCGUUUUGCCAUCGCUCCCCUGCCACCACUCCCUGCACCCAAACCUAAGCGGAAAAUAAUCUCACAGUUUUCCCUAAGGUUGGAUCGUGGAAAAUCUGGAACAGAAGUGUCAAGCUGGAGAAAAGUCUGAUUCAGUGCUACAAUUUAAAGUGAAUUCAGAUUGAAAAGUUUUCAAAUAGGAGCAUUUCCAGCAAGCGCAAAGAAAAGUGUAAAAUAUUUCCUUUUAAAAGGGAAGAAUAUGCUUUGGGUGGAAGUAAAGAAAGUAGAAUACGAUAUCCUGAGAAAUAUCUGCUAGCAUUAAAUUGUUAAAAAUUGCAAUCGAAUAAGCGAUAGGUCGAUUCGAUGUGAAAAAAAGUGUGUUGCAAUAGUUUAUGAAAUCAAAUCAGCUGUAAAUAAAGUGCUGUAGCUCUUUGUGUGCAAAAGGAAGCAAAAGAAAAAAAAAAGUGUUGAGUGUUGCAAAAGUGAAACGACGUAGAAGACGGACGUGUUGGUUCCAUCAAGCCGUGUUUACUAUUAUUCCGCAUCAUGGAAUUGGUCGGGAACUUUGAGUACAACAGCAAGGACUUGAUAGGUCAUGGGGCGUUCGCCGUGGUCUUCAAGGGGCGCCACCGGGAGAAACAUUUUCCCGUUGCCAUUAAAAGCAUCACGAAGAAAAGCCUCGCCAAAUCGCAGAGUCUGCUCGGCAAGGAAAUCAAGAUCCUGCGGGAGCUGAGUGCGUUACAUCACGAAAAUGUCGUCACGCUGCUGGCCUGCACCGAGAAGGACCACAACGUUUACCUGGUGAUGGAGUAUUGCAAUGGUGGAGACUUAGCGGAUUAUCUGGCUGUCAAAGGAACCCUCAGCGAGGACACGAUACGACUGUUUUUAUGUCAAUUAGCAAGUGCAAUGAAGGCAUUAUAUGCAGUCGGCGUCGUCCAUCGGGAUUUGAAACCACAGAACAUUCUGCUCUCCCAUGGCUGUGGGAAGCAUCUUCCAGUGCCCGCGAAAAUCACCCUAAAAAUAGCCGACUUUGGUUUCGCUCGGUUUCUUCAGGACGGAAACAUGGCGGCAACCCUCUGUGGAUCUCCCAUGUAUAUGGCACCAGAAGUGAUUAUGUCACUGCAGUACGACGCUAAGGCUGAUCUGUGGUCACUUGGGACCAUUGUUUUCCAGUGUUUGACCGGCAAGGCACCAUUCCAGGCCCAGACACCGCAAGAACUGAAGAUGUUUUACGAAAAGAACGCCAAUCUAGCCCCAAAAAUUCCUCCUGGUACGUCGAAAGAGUUGACCGACCUACUGAUGGGACUGCUGCGACGGAAUGCCAAAGAACGAAUGAAUUUCGACACAUUCUUCAACCAUGCCUUCCUGCAGCGACAGCACACACCACAAAGUAGUGAAAUUCCCCAAUCCUCAGCCGGACCACAAACCACGCCCGGUAAAGUCACUAGUCCUCAUCAGAAAACGGCCAUGUCACCGUUGCAGCAGCAACAAUUAUUUCUACGACAACAACAACAGCAGCAGCAGCAGCAACAUCCAAACCAACAGCAACAACUUCAACAGCAGCAGCAGCAACAGCAAUUGUUACUACAGAAGCAACAACUUCAGCAACAGCAGGAGCAGCAAAAACAGCAAACGUUGGAGAACAAUAACGUGCCACUCGAGAUCGAUGACAGUGUCGCCACGAUCGCAAGCGCCAACAAUACUUCCAACAGCAGUCAGGAUAACUCGGAUGACUUCGUGCUAGUGCCGAGCAAUCUGCCGGUAGAUCCAUGCAGUGGGCAUUAUGAUAAGAGCAAGCCAACUAGAGUGCCUCAAACAGCUUCGAACGCUCAGGCGAGUCCGCCGCGGCCCAGCACGCUUCCAAUCUCGGAGCCGAAGCCCGUUCCGACGGCAGCUAGGAAGAUUUCUCGACAGCAGAGUCAAACACCACCAAAGAAUAUCCCCAAUGCAAUACCUCGAUCUCAGCCGAUCAGCAUGAAGCGAUCCGAGCAUCGAAACAGUAAUUGUGAUAUCAGCUCAAUCUCGCCGCCGGCAGUGCAAUUCGCGAUCGGCACCCCUCCCACCGGUAGCCGCCGCCGAUCAACGUCCGGUGGAUCACUAUCGGAAACACCACCACCACCGUCAUGCUGGACAGUCAGCCCAGCAUCGCACCAUUCACCUCUGCGUCGCUCCGGAACCAGUUCACCAGUAUUAUCAACCGCUCUGUCCAAACUACCAGCCCUAGGAAGCCCGACACUGUUGACCAAUGAUAACAACAAUACCCAUCCCUUGGGAACCAGAGCGUUUACUCUCCCGGAGAUGGGAGCAACCGCUGGCCUAGGAAGUUACUUACACGACACCAAUCUGGAUGACCAUCCGAUCAAUUUCCACGCGCCGGAGCUACCAGCAGAAACGCUGAUGGAUCGCGAACACAACGAAACCCUGGCGAAGCUUAAUUUCGUUAUUGCUCUAACGGACUGUAUCCUGGAGGUGGCAGAUUCUCGCUGUGCGCCAUUAUCCGCACUGAUGUCUGCCGAUGCUCAACCAAUUGCCCCGCAUGCUCCAGAACACUGUAAAAGGGCCGAGCGACUGGUUCUGCUGGUACGAGCUCUCAAUUUACUGUCGUCCGGUAUGCAUUUGGCAUCGUCGAACCUUCAGAGUGGUCAACUGAAACCGUCGGAUACGGUGAAAAAUGUUCUAUCGAUGAUGCAUAUGCGAUACCGAUCGACACUGUGUGAGUCGAAGAAACUGAACGGGACUGGACUGCUCCAACGGGCCGGGGCUAGCAAUAUUACCGCAGAUAAGAUCCUGUACGAUCAUGCGAUACAAAUGUGCCAAUCGGCAGCCUUAGAUGAGCUGUUCGGCAACCCCGAGGAUUGCUUCACCCGGUAUCAGUCAGCGCAGAUUUUGCUGCAUUCUCUGGCGCAGAAAUGCAGUCAUCCUCAGGACAAAAUGCUCCUAUCAAAAUACAAAGACGCCGUCGAGAAGCGGUUGUACAUUCUCCAGCAGCAGGGCUACAUCUACGCCACCGACGAACUGUCUUGAACCAGCGCCCUGCAGACGCUCCGGAGGCGCCUGUCAAAGAUCUUCUGACUAGAUGGCCCGGCAACUGCCAUAGCAGCAGCCAUAACCCCUCCUACGUGGGGGGCGGUCUGAACGAUCAUCAUCUCUGCUGUCAUCGUCAUUUCCCAAAAUAGUGAGCCGUUUUAGGGUGUGCAUGAGCGUAUGAACGAGUAUUGAGUAAGUAAGUACGUCUAUGGGAACGAUUAAAGUUAGUUAGAAUCGAAAGAUUCCACGUGGACGUACCCGAACUUCGAAGUGAAGUUCUGAAUGGGCAACUUCUAUCACUAGAUGUUAGUGAGAUUUACUUCGUAUGAUACAUUUUAUUUAUGAAUUAUUUUAUUAUGAUUGUCAUCAUUGAAGACCAGUUUUUUUUGGUAGCUAUAUCGAUUUAUUUCAUCAGAAAACUGUAAAUAAAAUAAAGUGGGCCUCUUUAGAAGUUAUACGGGGACAUUAAUGUUGAUCGGAAUAUAUAUUUGAAAUAGUAGAACCCAAUCAGGAGUAAAUUAUUUAGAUUGUUCUAUUGUACAUAAAGCAAAUUGUUAAUGCACAGGCAUGUAUAUAAAAAUUGCACAGAAAUCUAGACAAUUGGCCUUUGUAUGAAAUCACAACAAGCAGCAAGAACGGCUUUCUUCAUUCAUUCGUAAUUCGGCUUUCUUCAUUCAUUCGUAAGUAUCAUAAUUGUUUAUAUUUGGCACGAGAACUUUCUUCGAAGUAGCAUUGUUGGUUUUAUAACAGACUUAAAUAUUAUAAUUUAUUCUACAAGACUGCUUUAAUGCCGGAAUAGAACCUGAAUGUUACUGUGAUGGAAGCAUAUAUGCAUCAUUAUGAAGCCAAUUACCAGAAUGUUUGACAACCUAGUAUUCUAUAAGCCAGCUAUUUUGCUUUUAAAGUGAAUGCUGUUGCAGAUUCGUUUUAUCUAUCAAUUUCCAAAUUAAACUUGCAAAAUUUUGAACAAAAGUUUCGAAAGGUCAUAAUUUGGCUCUUUUGGGACAUCAAUAUUUUCCUAUUUUUAAUGUGAUUGACCCAUUUCAACUAAUAAUAGAUACGAUUUACGGGCGAUUCUUUAUCAAUGACGAGAUUUUAACAAUUGAUAAUUUAAGUGACGGUAUAUUCCUGGAUGAAAUAAAAUAAAGUGGUAUUCUGUGGGAUAUGUUCGCAACAUGUUUGCAUGUUUUAGACUAUUAUUUCUAUUAAUUACUGCCAAUAUGUUUUUAAAUCCAAUACAAAGGUAUACAAUGCUCUAUAUUUGGAAUACUAAAAUAUAUGUUUCAGGUCAGAAAAAUGCAUAGAGCGCAUUUUAAUUAAGUAAAAUACAAUCAUUAAAAUAGUUGUGGAUCCUUUCCUUCACAUGAAAUUUCAAGAUAUCGCUGCAGAAGUGUCAUUUUUACCGAAAUGCUAUUUUCUUUAUAAGAUCCAAAUUAUGUCGUAUGGUCAUUUUUUUUGAAAAUUUUCAGGAUGACGUUACCUCGACAAUCUGAUUCGCAUCUAUUUUUUUUAAUACUAAUUGCUCUAGAAAUGUAGCCAUUUGUCAAUUCAUUGAGCUGUUUGUAAGACAUUUCAAGACUCUGGCCGGCUUACGAUGCGCUUCGAUGUUUUAAAUGCCUCAAUCGCUUGCUGUGUAAAUUUCAAAUUUCGCCUAAAACGGGUUUUUACAACAAAAUUCUAUUCGCAUACUUCUUUUAAAAAAAACUUCUCCAAUGGUGACGAUAAUAUUAAAAGCAACUUCAUGAUUGCAUCAUUUGUAUGUAUGUGUGUAUGUAUUAUCAAUCCGUUCUUUUAUAUUAUCCAAUAUUAAUUCAUUUGUCGUUUUGACGCAAACGCUCCAUCUUAUUAUGACGGGUGAUUCUAGUUGUCUGGAGCAACUCUAUCGUCAGAUGGUUCUUUUUAUAGGAAUAACAAUUGAAUAGAUAUGAUGACCUGCCCUUGAGUCACGACAACACUUGUUUAUACGGAACGAAUAACAAUGGAAACAUUUCUGUUAAGUCGAAUUCCGAAGCAGACGGAUACAAAUGUUUAAAUAUUGACAAUAUGAUCCGCUGAGUAACUUCUGUUUGGUUUUGACGGAAAAGUGCCGAAAAGUUUUUAUUAUUUAAUCCACGAGUUCCGUCUAGAUCCAGACAAAUUCUACCCAUAUUAGUUACGUAUGUAUUCCACAUUUUCAUUGUCUAUAUUCGUCCGUUGCGUCAUGUCUUGGACAGGUGAAUAUAGCAAGAAAAGUUAUAAGAACCAUACCUAUAUGAUAAAGUAAAACGUAGUACCUAAGUACAAAAUAUCUUAUAUAAACCAACUCCCCUACAAAUAACGAAAUAGCAAAUCUAAUCUUAAUCGCAGCGGAAGUAAACGUGAAAUUAUAAUGAAGAAAGCAGCUACUUCCCGCUCACCGUGGUCUUUUUAAUAGUUUCAUUUAUACAAUACCGAAUAAAUGGAAGACACAACCACGAGAUUUGCAAAUGUGCAAUCCGAUACACACCUUUUAGUUGCAGUCUGUCACCGGAAGGCCAUCACAUUCUUAUGUAAGACAGAAGCUAAUCUUAACUAUCGUCGGGUCAGUGACAAUGAACCGUACACCCACACAUCUAACGAAUAGAGGAGAUUAUUCAAAAUAGGCAUACGAGACGACUCUGAUAAAAAGUCGUAUUUCCAGAGAUAAGAAACGUAAGAAAAUGGGUAAAUCAUAAAACGGUAAAAGUGAGUACAUAUUUAAACAGAACACAGUAGUAUCCAACAAAGUCUGGAUGACAAAACAAAAGAUAAUCUACACAUGAUUGCAUGAUGAAGGCAAAAAAUAAAACAAACAAAUCCAACAUGAAUUAUAUGUUAGAGGAAUCAUCUAUAAAUGAAAUUAAAACAAGAAGGUUCUUCGAAAAACAAAAAUUGAAAAUAAAUCUGUAAUGAAAUGUAAUAA